AGUUCCCUGCUUGAAGGCUACCGAUGCGUCCGACAUGAUGAACAUAUCUCCUAUGGGAACCUUGGCGACUCUGUGCCACCGUUUGGAUUAGCUUUCUCCUCUGCCAGGGACCUGCAGAACAUCCUCGCAGCAGCUAAUGAAGAAGGCAUUGUUAGGCUCUACAACACAGAGAGCCGUGAAUAUCCACUUCUUAAAGCAUGGCUGGCUCAUGAGAAUGCUGUCUUUGAUAUCGCCUGGAUGCCAGGGGAGCCUCAGUUAGUAACUGCUGCGGGUGACCAGAUGGCCAGGCUCUGGGAUGUGAAGUCUGGAGAGUUGUUAGGCAGCUUCAAGGGCCACCUCUACAGUCUUAAGUCUGUUGCAUUCGCACCAGAGGAGAAAGCUGUGUUUUCUACUGGAGCCAGAGAUGGAAAUAUUAUGAUCUGGGACAUGAGGUGCAGCAAAAAAGAUGGUUUCUACAGACAGGUGAACCAGAUCAGCGGAGCUCACAACAAAGCAGAGACCAACCCUCCCUCUAAAACGAAGAAGAGACGGGGCGGCAUGCGCGGCAUGGCUCCGAGCGUGGACUCCCAGCAGAGCGUUACAGUGGUUUUGUUCAGGGAUCAGCACACCCUCAUCUCUUCGGGAGCUGUUGACGGAGUAAUCAAGAUGUGGGAUUUGAGGAAGAACUACACUGCACACCGUCAUGAUCCUGUACCCCUGCAGACAUUUCCGUAUCCAGGUUCUUGCACUCGGACGCGACUGGGAUAUUCCGGACUCGCUCUGGACUCCGCGAGAGCCAACGUGAUGUGUAACUGCACAGACGACAGCAUCUAUAUGUUCAGUGUCUGCAGAAUAAAAACGACACCAGUGGCAGUUUUCAGCGGUCACCAGAACUCCUCGUUUUAUGUAAAGUCCAGCGUUAGCCCAGAUGACCAGUUUUUGGCCAGCGGUUCGAGUGACAACCACACGUACAUUUGGAAGAUCUCCAAUCCUGAACUUCCUCCCAUGACGCUUCAAGGUCAUAGUGAGGAAGUGACGUCUGUUGCAUGGUGUCCGACAGAUUUCACUAAGAUUGCUUCCUGUUCCGAUGACCACACCGUGCGCAUCUGGCGACUUCACCGAGAAAAUGAUGAAGUACAGUCCUCAUUAGGAGAGGCUAACCUAGUAGGCCAUGCACGUCCUAAGAUUCUCCCAAGGCCUUCCAUUCCAGCUGAGACAACCCCUGCCAAGCCCCAGAGGAGAGUGAGACUUGGUGGCAUAGCCUCACCUCAGCCUGCAGCCUGUGCUCCCAGUGGAGCCACCCUGCCCCUUUCUUCCAGCACCACUACACCCAACCGCUCACAGGACUCUAAAACUGCAGCUGUUCGGCACAGAACUCCGCCCACUAUCAAACAGUGGUUGUCCCCAAGCAGCAGAACUUCCGAACAGGCUGGCUCUCCGGCCCAUCGGGUGCUGAGCCAGUCUCCCCAGAGCUCUGCAAGCAGCACGCCCCCACAGAACGACGGGCCAAACGCAGGCUGGAAACCGGUGACGGCUCGUCUUCGAACUGUGAGGGCACUGAGCAGUGCGACCGCGUUACUGAACUCUCUCCUGCAGCCAAGAGGAGCCGGAUCUUAGCUUGGUUUGUGUGACCAAAACCAAAGCAAACCAGCAAACAGCAAAUAUCCACAUCCAUCAUACGCCAUGAUAUUUACUUAUCAGUCUUUAGGAACAUCAUAGAUAAAAACAAGCAGCUAGGAGGACUCCUUGUUUAACACUAUGCUGUCAGUUAAUUGGUAUAAAUAAAAUCAUAAUCUUGUGCUUAAA